CAGAGUGUCAGAGUGGACCUGUGUGGUGUUUAUAGUGUUUCUCUAUCGGCGGAGCGGCUCCAGCAGAGAGAUGUUACCGCUGUCGAUUAAAGACGAUGAGUACAAACCGGCGAAAUUCAACCUGCUCUUCAAAUUAUCCGGAUGGUUCCGCUCGAUCCUCGCCGACAAGACAUCACGGAAUCUGUUUUUCUUCCUGUGUCUGAACCUGUCGUUUGCCUUUGUGGAGCUGCUGUACGGAAUAUGGAGUAACAGUUUAGGAUUGAUAUCGGAUUCUUUUCACAUGUUCUUUGACUGCACCGCACUUUUGGCAGGCCUUGCAGCAUCAGUGAUUUCACGAUGGAGGUCUAAUGAUUCUUUCUCAUACGGCUAUGUCAGAGCAGAAGUGCUCGCAGGCUUUGUGAACGGCCUCUUUCUCAUAUUCACUGCCUUCUUUAUCUUCUCAGAGGGAGUGGAGAGGGCAUUAGAACCUCCUGAUGUGCAUCAUGAGCGCUUGCUGCCUGUGUCUAUAGCAGGGCUCCUGGUUAACCUCGUAGGAAUCUUUGUGUUCCAGCAUGGAGGGCAUGGGCACUCUCAUGGUGGAGAAGGUCACGGACACAGCCAUUCUCUGUUCAACGGCAGCAUAGGCCACGAUCACGGUCACGGGGGCCAUGGACACAGCCACGCGGCCAAGCAUGGACACGGACACGGACACGAUCAUGGGCAUGGGCAUGGACACGGACACGAUCAUGGACAUGGACACGGAGGACAUGGCCAUUCGCACGGGGAACCAGACUGCCAUGAUGACUUCUCUCACACACCAGGCAAAGGCUCGAGCAAACAGAUUUUGCAAGGAGUUUUUCUGCACAUUGUUGCUGAUACGUUGGGCAGCAUUGGCGUCAUCAUCUCAGCCUUUCUGAUGCAGAAGUAUGACCUGAUGAUCGCUGAUCCCAUCUGCUCCAUGCUCAUCGCCCUUCUCAUUGGAGUCAGUGUUGUUCCUCUGCUGAGGGAGUCCAUAGGAAUCCUGAUGCAGCGCACUCCUCCUUCCCUGGACCAUGCUCUUCCAGACUGUUACCAGAGGGUCCAGCAGCUGCAGGGCGUUUAUAACCUGCAGGAGCCUCAUUUCUGGACAUUGUGCACGGACGUCUACAUCGGCACUCUCAAACUCCUCGUGGCCCCUGACGCAGAUUCCCGAUGGAUCCUCAGUCAGACGCACAACAUUUUCACACAGGUGGGAGUAAGGCAGCUGUAUGUUCAGAUUGACGUGGCAGCCAUGUAGGAAUUGGCCUGACGCGGGUGUCCUGGGACCAAAGCCCUCUGUGCUGCUAUGGGGAAGCUCACCGCCAAAACCCACCCCUUUCUCUCUCUCUCUCUCUUUCUUUCUUUGGGUUUCUGCUGCUCCACCACCCCCCUCGGACCAAGCUGGAGCGGCUGCAGUACAGAACACUGACUCUUACCAGGAAAACCAAACAGCAGCAAAAACAAGUUGCCAACAACGUGAUACGUCCAAGGGAAACGACAUCUUGCAUCAUGAGCAUUGCCAACACUGGGGCCCUUGGUCAGCAGUUCCUGUUUUUUU